GCGCCUCCGCCCGACUUCCCAGCCACACACGCAAAGCACCCGCUCAUAGUGAAGACCACCAAAGCAACCACAGAGCUAGUACCUACCCAGCACCAAAAGCAAAAGAUCAGAGCUUCACAGCAGAAACCAAAGCCAAGAUGUGCGGCGGCGCGAUCCUGGCCGAGCUCAUCCCAACCGCGCCGUCUCGGCGCGUCACGGCAGGCCACCUCUGGCCCCAGCCCAAGAAGCAGCAGCAGCACCACCACCGGAGGGUCGCUGCGGCCGACGACUUCGAGGCGGCCUUCCGCGAGUUCGAGGAUGACUCCGACGACGAGCAGCAUGACGAGGACGACGUGGUGGUGAUCGACGAGGAGGUGGCCGAGAGCAAGCCCUUCCUCUUCCGCGCCCCCUCCAAGCAGCAGCAGGCGCCGCCGGCCAGGCGCAGGAAGCCGGCGCAGUACAGGGGCGUGCGGCGCCGGCCCUGGGGCAAGUGGGCCGCCGAGAUCCGCGACCCCGUCAAGGGCGUCCGCGUCUGGCUCGGCACCUUCCCCUCCGCCGAGGCCGCCGCCCUCGCCUACGACCAAGCCGCGCGCGCCAUCCGCGGAUCCAGGGCCAAGCUCAACUUCCCCUCCGCCGCGGCACCCGCUGCUGCUGCUCCUGCUCCGUGCGCCCGCAAGCGCGCCCGCGCCGAAGCCGCUCCCGCUCCCGCUCCCGCUGCCAAGGCAGCAACAGCGCCGGUCGUCGAAUCCGCCGCGCACGCGCCGUCCCUCGUCAAGCACGAGGCCGAGUCGACCCAGGGCUCGCAGUCCAGCAACGCCCUGCCGGACUUCUCGUGGCAGGGCAUGUCCGCGUUCGACGACGCCGCGGCGCGCCCCAUCCCCGCCAUGGACGUCGACCAGGUCGCCAAGCGGCAGAGGACGGAGCCAAAGGAGGACACCGACGAGGGCAUGUCCGCCCCGGCCCCGGCCUCCGACUCCGACUCCGACGCGCUCUUCGACGCCCUCUUCUUCUCCGACCAGUUCCCCUUCUUCGACGGCGCCGCCGCCUACGACUCCCUCGACAGCCUCUUCAGCGCCGACGCCGUGCAGAGCGACGACCCCGCCUUGGGCCUCUGGAGCUUCGACGACGGCUGCCUAGUCGACGAGUGCAGCUUGUCAUUCUAGCUCAUCUUGCUCCGUUCAAUCGGAUCCUACUAGUAUCAUGUGAUGCUCAUCGAUCUUGUACAUAGACUAGUUUGUUGACAUCCUUGUGAAAGAUUUUGCCUACGCCUUC